CUUUUCCUUUGUCUCUCCUUUGUAUCAAAUGCUACUGAAGCUUUGGCUGGGGGCGGUUCUUGCUUAGAAAACAAUCUAGAGGUGACAAGUGAGUAAUCAAAGCAUGUUUAUGAAUUCAUGAGUUGUUGCAUUAUAGGAAAGCUAAGUUGAAUAUUUAAUAAUAUUGGAAAGUAUUUCUUGGGGGAAAACAGGCUGGAAUUAUAGGAAAUAAUCUUAAAGUUUGAAUUAACCAUUUAAAAAAAAAAAGAAAGGGAAUCUUAAGAACUCUAUUGGAGGCUUGAGGUAGUACAGUGUAUUAUUUAAAUCUAAACAGGCAGGUGGUUCCAAGCUGAUAUUAUAGUAUUCCUUCCUUCCUCAGAUACUUGGGGGAAACCAGAAAGAGAGGAAGAAUUUGGAAAGAAAAUAGAUUUGAUUACCCUGUAGGGAAAUAACAAAUGGUAGUGGGAACAAGGAAAACUGGAGCGAAAUCAACACCAAACUCAACAGCUAAUACACUUAGAAGACCUUCAGUGGACACUCCUACCAAAUCAUCAGAACCAGACGAAAAGAUGAUGGAAGAAAUCAGGAAAAUGCAUCAGGAAACAAACCAGGCAAUUGAAAAAUCGAAAGAAGACUUGAAGGUUGAAUUUAAGAGGGAUUUGAGACACGAACUGGGAGAAGUAACCUCAAGACUGGACAAGAUUGAUACGGAUCUAAAGCAGAUGAAUGGGAAGGUAGAAAAAUUAGAAACAGAUAUGAGAAAGAUGGAAAUAAAGGUUGAGACAAUGCAUAGAGACCAACAAGAAGACCAGGACUCAAUAUUGAGACUACAACUGAAACAAAGAGAGAACUGCUUAAAAUUGAGAGGACUACCUGAAAAUGUAAACGAAAAUUUGUACACCCUCUUGACGCCAAUAUUAGCAAAAUUUAUUGGAGAAUCAGAGACGUUAUUCCCGUGGGAAAUAGAUCGGGCCUAUAGGAUAAACUCUCGUAUUGCCAAGAUAAGGAAACUUCCGAGGGACGUGGUGAUCUAUUUUGUCAGGAAACAGACUAAAGAAAUAAUCCUAAGACAAAGCUAUACUACAAAGCUGAUAAUAGAAGACAAAGAGAUCACAGUCCUGAGAGACAUCCCUGGAAAGAUUCUUAAAAGAAGGAAAGAAUACAGUUUUUUAAUUGAGCAACUAAGGGCCCGGAAAAUCCUCUACAAAUGGGAUGAUCUGGAAGGCGUCAUUGUGAACUGGAAACAAAAGAAAGUUAGAUUGAAUUCAACCGAAAAAGCAAGACUGUUCUUGAAAGGUCUGAAGGAAGGAUCUGACGGAGGAAGAGGAGAAGAGGUAAAUAAAGGCAAACCAGAAGAAGGAGGAGGAGAGGAAGAAGAAGAAGGAGAGGAGGACCUAAUUGAGGAAUAGCAGGGAACUAAGAAGUCUACUUGGAAAAAGGAAAAAGAAACACCGAAGAGCAAAAUAAAAGAAAUCAAAUAUAAAAUUUUGGAACUAUUUUAUAAUUAUACUAUUAGAUAAUCAAAACUUUUAAA